ACCAACUUCUCCCAGGACGGUGGAUUUCCUCACUCCACCAGGGGGCCUGACCUAAGUAGAGGACUUGGGAGUGAGAGCCAAGAAAGGGAGCGGGGUGGGGGCUGCGGGGGCAGGGAGACUUGCACACACACCCCCAAUCUCUUCCCCCUGCCCCACGCCCACCCCGCAAGCUUCCCCCAGGCAACAGCACAGCUGCCUCUGAUCCCACUUCGUUGCUCUGUGUGCUCUGAAUGUAGAAAGGCAAACUCCCGAACAAAGAGCAGGCCCCCGCCCCCCGGGUUCUGGGCGCGUCCCGCCGGCCAGUGGAGGAGAGAGGGGCGCCUGGGAGCGGAGCCGAGCGGGGCGAGGAGCUGCAGCCAGCGGCGCGGAGCACGGGGCAGAGCGGGGACCCGCAAGCAGCCGGCUCCAGGUGGCAGGGAAGGAGCGCGGAGCCGACGGGCCGUGGGCGGGCGGGCGCUGGCGGCGGCGUUCUUGGUCCUGCAGGCUCGCGCUCCCUCGCGGCGUUGAGAGCCCUGCGCCCUCGGGCCUGGUCCAGCAACCAUGGCCCAUUACAAGACGGAACAGGAGGACUGGCUCAUUGUCUACCUGAAGUAUUUGCUCUUCUUGUUCAACUUCUUCUUUUGGGUGGGCGGGGCGGCGGUCAUGGCCGUGGGCGUGUGGACCCUGGUGGAGAAGAGCGGCUACCUCAGCGUCCUGGCCUCCAGCACCUUCGCCACCUCCGCCUACAUCCUCAUCUUCGCGGGCGCCCUGGUCGUGGUGACCGGCUUCCUGGGCUUCGGCGCCAUCAUCCGGGAGCAGAAGAGCUGCCUGUCCACGUAUUUCUGCCUGUUGCUUGUCAUCUUCCUGGUAGAGCUGGUGGCAGGCGUCCUGGCCCAUGUGUACUACCAGAGGCUGAGUGAUGAACUGAAGCAGCACCUGAAUCGCACCUUGACUGAGAACUAUGGGCAGCCCAGGGCCGUGGAGAUCACAGCCUCCGUGGACCGUCUACAGCAAGAUUUCAAGUGCUGUGGGAGCAACAGCUCGGCUGACUGGCAGCACAGCUCCUACAUCCUGUCUCGGGAGGCUGAGGGCCGCCGGGUGCCCGACAGCUGCUGCAAGACAGUGGUGACACGCUGCGGCCAGCGGGUCCACCCCUCCAACAUCUACAAGGUGGAGGGAGGCUGCAUCACGAAGCUGGAGCAGUUCCUGGCUGACCACCUACUGCUCAUGGGGGCGGUGGGCAUCGGGGUAGCCUGCCUGCAGGGAACACUGAACAACUUGAACUUAGAAGGAACAGGGACCUGGGAGGAGUCUGAGUGUGGGCUCAGAUCUGCGGGAUGAUUCUCACCUGCUGCUUGCACCGGAGGCUCCAACGGCACUUUUAUUAAUGGUCAGCCCUGUCCCCUUCUGGCUGUCCCUCACAAGUACAAGGGCCUACAUCUCCACAUCCAUCAGCAGGCGGGACUAGAGCCAUGGACUACCUUUACCCUGUGCCCAGGCCCGGGGAGCCCACCAAGUGCCUGGAUGGUGACUCCUGCUCUUCCCACCUAGGCAGGGACCCUCAGUCCCCACCCCUUCACUUCUUAGCAUUCACUGCCAGAAUCCUGGGCAGGGAAUGAUCCUGCCAGGACACAGUCAGAGCCCCUUGCCAGGUAUGGAGUGUCCAGGUCAGUAGGAAGGUGAGAGCUCUUCACUUGGUCCCCUUGUAGCUGGAACCUGGAAGGAAGGCUGGAAUCUGGGUCCCUCUGGGACUCCUGCAAUGCGUUGGGUGCUGAGCAGCCUGCAUCUGGCUCAUGCCAGGGACAUCCCGGUGGGGCAGUUAGGAAUGGCUGCCUCCUAGUAAAACUAGCCAGUCCCUGGCCUGACUGUUCCCCACACUCUCAUUGGAAAGCAACGUCCUCCUAUCUGCAUUGCUGCCUGCAGGGCUGGGAAGGGAGGCCUGAGGUGGGCCACCUGGUAGUGCUGCCAGGAAAGGAGUAAGAGCCCUGCACCCUGCCACGCCUCCUUCGUGGAAGAGAUUCCCCCUGGAGACUAUGGCCCCAAGCUCCAGCCUCCAGUAAUAUGCACAUAACUCCUGUUCCAAGGCUUAUUGUCAGAAAAGCCAGGUUUUCAAACUAUCUGGCUGCUAACAUCCGUGGAUUUAAAAGCCCUCCCCAAGUGGACCAAAUCAGACCUAAAAAGUCAGAGCCACAGAGAAAGGGAAGUUCUGAGGAGGGGUGCCCUGCCUGGACCCCACUUUUCCUGAGUCCCUCUCUCCCUGACCACAUGGUCAUCACCCUGUUCCUUCCAGGGGCCUUACUCUGCUUCCUUUUCUACUGCCCCAGAGCAGACACAGUCCCUUCCUUUGGUUCUCUUGUGCAUCAAUGAUUGAGUCAGGGAAUUUUCAGGAAGAAUUUUGCCAAAUGCUAAGGGAGACCAGAAAGAAGAUUCUAGAAAACAUAGGGUAGAGUAUGUAUCAAUUCCUAGACCUCCAUCGGGAACCGCCCAGGGCUCCAUAUGACUGUUACUUGGGCAGUUCAUAACAUAAGAAUCCCACUCCUGGUUUCCAUCCUUCCAAGGUCCUACACUUCUGCCCACGUAGGGGACCCUCCUACUUCCCCAGCAAGAAGGGGUGGCACUUUGUUAACUGAAGCUGAGACCACCUUCCCUCCCACUCUAUCCAGCCUUCAUUCUGAUGAGCACAGCUCUUGAUGACCCAGGCUCAUCCUGAAGGAGGAACAUUCUCUUCUAUACUUAGGGGUGCCCUAGGGGCCACUCACUGCUGUCAUCAAUGUAGUCCUGAAUGGUCCAGACACUGCAUCCUCAGAACAGGAAGUAGCCACGUGGACAGAGUUUAGACCAGGCUCUGGGGCACACUGUUUUCUCCACUCCAGAUUCCCCAGGGGCUCCUCACAGCCUGGGCUGGUUUAUCUCAUCUGCCUAGAUGGCUCUGGGGUUGCUGAUGCAAAUUCAAUAAAAAGAAGACAAGCUCUCCCAGCAACCCCAGACUGUACCACAGCCAAGAGAAGUGGUGGUUAUCUUAGCUGCCCUACAACUUCCUGAGACUCAUGCAGAUAAUCAAAACUUGUGGUGACUCCCAGGCUUGCAGAGGGAGGGUUGAGAAAGAGAGUGCUGGACUGGGACCAGUCCUUCCCGCAGAGGGGCCACAGGGUAGACGGUAGUGGGCAGGGAUAUUCUGUGGCCUUCUCCAUCUGCCCCUGUGGGCUCCCUUAAUUCUCAGGGAGAUGGGGACAAAGGUGACAGGUGGGCACCAUUUGCACAGUCUUGUCACUGACACAGGUCAGGAGAGCCUGACUCAUCAGCCCCUAGCCCAAAAGUAAGGCCAACCUUACUGGGGACAGGAUUAGCUGUGAUUCCUUCCCUGGGCACCAUCCUGUGCAGAUGGGGGCACGACUGGUUGGAGCUGCAGAGUGGAGAACAGCCCAGAGCUUUUUGGAAACAUGACCUCCUUAUUCAUGUCAACAGGGUCGACAUGAGACAGGUUCAGAGGAAACAGAGCCCCAGAAUACAGCACAUUCUGCCUAAGGGCACAUAACGGCUGUCGUCCAGAGCUGUAAGGUUAUGAUCCUUGGUCAGAUGUGCCCCUCCCUCUGACAGGGAUGCAGAUCCAUGCCUGAGAUGCCUCCUCCUGUUCCUGCUUUGAGGCUGUCACGGUCUCAAGUGCCUUGGAAAGAGAGAAAAAUAUGCCUGCAGAAAAUCAUAUCCUCAGUCCUAGGGGACAGGGACACAAAGUUCCUAGGGUCCCUGAAGCUUGGGUUGGCAUAUCCUUGCCUUGAGCAGACUAAGCACCCUGCCCUAAGCUCCCAAGGGCAACACAAAGAGCAGAGCAUAUCCCCAAGUCCCCGGAUGACUGGGGAGGGGAAGGAAUGAAACCUGACCCGUGGUGAGAGUUGAGAUGUUUACACCAGUUAUCGUCUUUCUCCUUCCCCUCCCCUUCACUGUAGCCCUGACUCCAGGAGUCCCUCUGGCAUGGCUAUUUGAGGAAUGUUUACUGAGGGUCUCCUGUGCACUUAGAAUGUGUUAGUUGCCAUUAAAUACAUUACCUUGCAGUGACCCCAGUGAGAGGAACUAAUUUCCCCAUUUUGCAAAUGAGACAAUUAAGGCUCAGCCACGUCAGGGGCCCUGCCUGUCUGUGGUGAUGGCUGUCGUCAUGGGCCGCCGCCAAGUGGACCCAAGGAAGGCCAGACCCCUCUGCUCAGCAUCCCAUAGUCCUCAGCCUCUGCAACAAGCUGUCAGCCUGGCACUCAGGUUCAAAGUGUCCUUCAGGGACAUUGCCAGAUAGCGGCAGCCCCAACACCCCUCCCAGGUCGGACAGAGCCAUCCCUCGCAGCCCUGCACAUUUGCAAGUUGGUGCAGAAGUCUGGCGUAUUUCAAGGUGACAGCCAGGACCCCCUGGCAGAGAGGCUCAGGCACACUUCCAUGAUAAGGUUGACACCACAGUGAGAGCUGGGACUGUCCCUCUGCUCUCAGAACCCUCAAACAGGGUGGGGUGGGAAUCUCAUGCCCAUGUGGACAUCAGCAUCUAGGACAGAGAUGUCUCUCCUCACCCCAUUCUGGGGCCUCAGAUCAUGUGCACCCACAGAGCCACCCCGGGCAGGGAUGGGCUCUAGGGGGUGAUGCUGUCCCCUCCUCUUCCAUUGAGGCCCUUUUCUGCCUUCUUGCCCUCUCCCGUAUUGAGCACCCAUUGUUGCUGGGUUCUAGGAUGGACACAGUGUCACUUUUGUCCACAGAGCCUCACUCUGUGCACAACCAUAGGGAUUCAGAUCCGGAAGGGUUCUGUGACCCUGGGGGAGCAGGAUAUGAUAGGUCACUAUGAUUGGCCCCAGGACCCUCAUGUCUGAAAAUCCACUUUGGCCUUGAUAUCAGCAGCUCUGGGCCCCUCUUCAGGGUUUGGAGGUAAGGGGAGUGAAUUGGAACAGUUACCUUCAUCACCAUGCAACCCACUACCAACCUUGGAAAUACUCCCUAGGUACAGGGCCAUGGUCAGCCUGGGGAAGGAAGGGGAGAAGAGGUGGGCCAUCUGACCAACUGAGGAGGAAAGCAGUCUUUUGAGUGGCCGCUGGGUGGCGCUCAUGUCUGCUGAGGAUGGUACUGAUCAAGCAUCAAACCCAGCAAUUCUCAAACUUGCUCUGGCGACAUGAUCACCUGGGGACUUUUCAAAACAGACUGCAGCCUCCCCAGAGUUUCUCAUCAGAAGGCCUGAGGUCAACAAUUUGCAUUUCCAGCAAGUUCCUAGGAGGUGCUGAUGCUGCUGGUCCUAAAACCACUGCUUGGGGCCAUAUCAUAAAGGAAGACUUACUACCUUCUUUCAGAUGUCACACCCCCAGGGUUCAAAAGCCCAGCAGGCUGUCUGGCUUGAGUUCCACCUGCUGCAGCCUCGACUGUUUGCACUUGAUCCGCUGGAAGAGGGUGGGAUGAAGCGGCCACUGGUGUCUGUUCACAGCCAACCAGGAAAGCCCCUCUCAGCUCUGCAUUCUUGCAGCCCUACCCUGAUGGAUCUGUGACCUUGGCCAUGUUGCAGCAGUGGCCCAGGUACCUGGAUCCUCUUCCUGGAGGGGGACUAGUUACAUUUACCAGCAUGUUCUCCCACCACCUUCUAUGUGCCUUGGGACAGCUCUGCUAUAUGCUCGUCAACCCCAGCCAGAGCACAGUACCCAGCUCCGUAGUAUUCUAGGCCUCCCAUGAUCCCUGUCUCCUUCCCACCUAGGCAACCUGUCCCACACCCUGCCCUCUGCCCCGAGCAAGUGCCACUAGUAAUUCUAAGCAUCCCAGUGUUUGGAGGCCACUUGGGCUCCUGGAACCAGGUGGCCCAUGAAUGUGGGUUACCAGAAUAUUCUAGAAACAGAGAAGUUGCCUUAACUUACUGCUUGUAGGGAAGCUAUAAGUAUGCCUCUCUCCUUAGCUGAUUUCAUUGGAAGCCCAGCUUCAUGUACUACAGGGCUUGACAAUAAAGGAAUUGUAUUAAAGACUA